UACGGUGCCACAUAAGGACUUCAGAGAGUUUCAGGGUCUUUGACGAGCGCAAACGUUCUGUUCCGCUAACCACGAAUAUACAGCAACCAUGCACAAGUUUCUUCUAGCCACGCUCGUGGCUUACGUGGCGCUAGUCUCGUCUCUUCCUGAUGAUGACGCAGUCAAUUUGAAUGUGCCAACGCAGCCACAGUGUGCUGCAAACGAAGAAUAUAAAAUAUGUGUCAGUCGUGCCUGUGGCGAAACUACCUGCGAUCAGCCAAUAAUUAACCCUUCCUGUGAACACGGGUGCCAGCUGGGUUGCUACUGCAAGAAUGGGUUCUUCCGCAAUGGCGAAGAAGGCUGCGUCACCAAAGAUGAAUGUCCCGAAGGUUCAGCAGCACGGACUUUGGAUCUAGAUGUAAAUUCCAACGAGUGAUCCGCAAAUGACACACGAUUGUUACAGCAAUAAACAAAUUAGGCAAUUAGAAGA